AUGAUCCUUCCAUCAAAUUUCAGAAAUAACAAAAAAAAAUUGUUCCAGGAGAAAAAAGGCCUGGCCGGCAUCUUCAGAUCAGCCAGCAUCGACAACCUGUUUGACGAGGAGAAAGGCGGGCUGUUCAGUGGACUUAUCAAGAAAACACCGAAAGCGGCUGGAGACGAAGCAGCCGCAGAGGACAAAGAUGACCUGCUGACAGAAAGUAAUGACAGUUUGUUUGAAGAGAGCAACACCAAGGAGAAAAGUAUUUUCAGUGGCAUGUUUAAGAAGUCUCAUAAACCAGCGGAGGGGAAUGCAACAGAUGAGGAAUUAAAUGAUGAUAGGAAGUUCGGCAGUUCUGAGAAUCUGUUGGAAGCGAACACAUCAAAGGAGAAGUCUGGAGGACUUGCAGGAAUCUUCAAAAAGUCUCCCAAACCAUCUCCACGCUCAAUCGCUACUAAGGAUCCUCUCACAAAGGACUUGUCUGCCAGCUGUGACAGCCUCACAGAAAAUGCAGAGGAUAAUUUUUCAGCUCUUGGUGAAAUGUCGAACAGUACAGAUAAUCUCAUUGAAGCUACAGGCACCACAAAGGAGAAGAGGGGAGGGUUUGCUGGAAUGUUCAGGAGGACGCCCAAAACAGCUGAACAUCAGGACAGUUUAGACGAACCCCCAGAAGGAGGCGGGCUGAGACGCAGGAGAACCAUCAAGAAGAAACGACGAGUCGUGUCGUUCCGAGUCAAGAAAACUCUUCCCAAAAUACCCAAACUGAAUCUAUUGUCACAGAAUUCAGACAAGUUGCCUGUUCUUGAGGAGACUCUUGAGCUGCAAGACCUGAACCCAGCACAGGAGAGCACGGUGGAGGUCCAGCCUGUGGAGAUGGCAGCUUAUCCUACUGAAGGAGACACUUCAUCUGAGCUGGAAAAUGAUGUUUUGAUGGAGUGGUGGACCACAGUAAAAGGUUGGGCCGAGUGGAACCAGACAAAUUUACAUGCGGAGGAUGAGGAAGCGGCGCUGGAGCAGGCAGCUGAUCGUGUCUACAUGGCAGCUCGUCUGUUUGUGCGUCUUUUCAACCACCGGGGGGCGUCCUUACAGCAACGCAUCCUGGAGCUGAUGGCUCUGGCCGACGCUGCGGAUGAGUUCCACAAAAAAACGGUGCAAGCUGCCGUGGGUGGAGGGGUGGCCAGCGUCUGCGGCAGCCUGGCGACAAUAACGGGGCUCAUUCUGGCACCUUUCACUUUCGGCGCCUCUAUCAUUGUCACAGCGGUGGGGAUCGGUGUGGCGACGGCGGGCAGCAUCACCUCAGCGACGGCCAAUAUCACAGACACAGUUCACUCCAACAUGGACCGAAAGAAGCUGGAGAAGAUGAUCCAGGACUACCAGGAGGAGAUCAAAGACAUCAGGGAGUGUUUGGAGUUCGUGCAGGACGGUAUGGACACCCUGCAGGAGUGGGACUUUGAGAAAUACUCAGAGAGCGCUGCCAAAAAAGCUCUGAACCACAACCUCAAGCAUGUGAUGAAGGAGGGCGGCCGUGCCGGGAAAGCCCUGAUGAUCAACACUGAUAAGCUCAUCAGCACCGUGCAGGUUUUAGGUGCUGCAGGCGGCGCCGCCAAAGCUGCCCAGGCCAUCAGCGUCACCACAGGGGUCAUGUCGGCGCUCUUCCUCGCUCUAGAUGUUUUCUUCCUCGCCAAAGACUCCCACGAGCUCCGCAAGGGCGCCAAAACCAAGUUCGCCACCAAGAUCAGGGACGUAUGUAAAGAACUUCAAGACGGCCUCCUGGAGCUGAACAAAGUGAAGACGCAGCUGCAGAAGACCAUGGACGGCAUCGAGGUGGAGGAGUACGAGGAGAUCGAGGAGGUGGAGGUUGAAGUCGACGACGAGGACGAUUUGGAGUCUGAUCCGAAGAAGCUGGCCGAGCUGGAGCAGGAGCUGGACCUCCUGGAGGAGAAACUGGACAAGAAGGCUGAGGAGGAGCAGAGGAAGAAGGCUGAGGAGGAGCAGAAGAAGAAGGCUGAGGAGAAGAAGAAGGCUGAGGAGGAGCAGAAGAAGAAGGCUGAGGAGCAGAAGAAGAAGGCUGAGGAGCAGAAGAAGAAGGCUGAGGAGGAGCGAAAGAAGGCUGAGGAGGAGCAGAAGAAGAAGAUGAAAGAGAUGGAGAAAGAAAAUUUGAAAAGCAAGAAGGACAAGAAGGAGGAGAAGAGCAUGAAGGAAAAAACAGAGCUAGAGGAAAAGGAGAAGGAGGAAAAGGAUAAGCAGACCGAGGGGAAGAAGGGAAAAGGUGAGGGAGAAAGCAAGGCUUCUGAUGAGGAAAAAGAGCAGAAAAAGGAGACGAUCAAAGCAGUCAAAGAGGAAGUUUUGAAAGAACAAUCUCUUAAAGGAAAGAAAGACAAAGAGACUGAGAACCGUAUUACAGCUGGGAAAGAAAAGUAUGAGAGCAAGCGAGAUCAGGCAAAGGCAGACAACAGUACAAAUAAAAUGACAGACGAAAAAGAGAAAAAUAAAACUGGAAAAGAACCCGAGGAAUUAAAGAGCAGGUCAGGCGAUUCAAAACGAGAGGACAAGAGCGGAAAAGGAUAUUCUGAGUGGGUCAAGGCCGAUAGAGAGAGUGAAAGGAGUAAGAGCAGCAGGGACGAUGAAAGAGCGAUGAAGCCUGAAUGGAGAGCAGCGAAUAAAGAGAAGGAGGCGGAAAGUGCAAGUACAAGGAGGCACAGCAGCAGCAGGAGUGACAGAGAUCGACCCCACAGGAGUGAAAGAGGGAGCAAACAUGAACCAAAAGAACAGGAAAGAGGCAGCAGCAGAGAGAGGAAGCAAAGUGACAGGACAGAGAGCUGGAGGAGGACAGAGGAGGAGAGAGGAGCGAGGGACUGGAGAGCUGAGAUAGCAAAAGGUAGAGAGGAGAAGAAAGAAGGAAGAGAGACGGAGAGAGGGACGAAAAGGGAAGAUCAUGGAAAAAGCCAUGUGAGAAAGGAGUCUCACCGAAGUCACGACGCGAGGUCUGAGCAUUCAGAGAGAGAGCGGGAGAGCAGGAGGGAAGACUCAAAGAGGAGUCACCACAGGAGAGAAGCAGCUCCACAUGACGACCACCAGGAAAGGGGAGAUGACAAACGAGGGAGCAGGAUCGAGAGCGCGAGGAGGAAGUUUGAGAGAGCGGGAGGUGAGGAGGAGGAGGAGGAGAGGGGAAAGAGGAGAGAAGAUGUAGCGAGGAGCGGGAGUGAAAGAGAGAGGAGAGGAAGCGACAGACAACACGGCCACCGAGGAUCUCGACAUCGAUCCAAGGACCUGCUGGAAGACGGCCUGAAUAUUUAGCUUUAAAGAAACAUUUUCAUCCUCACGUUAAAGAGAUAGUUGGAUUUUUUGAUGGAAAAACACCAGCUUGUUUGUAGUCUUUAAACCAAUCACAAUCGUCUUGGGUGGUGCUAAGCCCAGGAUACGGUGACGGAGAAUGGCGUCUAAAAUAGGCAGCCAAGUGCAGGCUUAUCCAACAGUCUACAUCCAGUGAGAAUAAACUGUACACUAAAUUUAGAAUAUUUUCUUUAAGUCAGACAGCCGAUCAGAGAACUGAAGCUGUUAUCUACGCUCUCUUCAAAGCCACCAGACUCCACUGACAAAAACUGUAUUUUUACCUUGCAGAACAUGGGAGUUGCUGGUCUACUGCUCCCUCAAUAAGUUAGUUCAUUUUUCUAAAUAUUCUUAAUUUGGUGUGGACUUAUUUUCUUUAGGUGGCUGAAAUAUAUUUUGCUGCUGCCCCCAUCCGCAGCAGUAUGCUGCUCAGCUUCUGUGCCAGUGCUAUGCAAACUGGGGACGUAAAUACAGUAAAUAACUACUAAUAACUACAGUAAAUAAUACACUGACUGUAAGUACCUCAUACAGAAUUAGAACUAUCCCUUCAUACGUCAGGAAUUACAUCACAAAAUAAAUUUCCUGCCAGUUCAAAGUGUCUGUUGUGAAAGAGUUCAGUAUAUCUGAUUCGGUCAUGCUGGCUCGGCCAUCAAGAUUUAGAUUUGUAAGUUCUACUUUACUAGUGGGAGAUGGACAGUGAUUUUUCAGCAGAGAAACUAAUUAAUAGUGACUUACAGGAUAGUUUUUUCUAUCACAUUGGCGUAAAUGGGCUUCCAAUGGGCUGCUACUAUUUUCCUUAUAACUUCUUAAUGUUAUGGUAAACCUCACACAUUUAAAUGUAUUUUUAAAACCUCUGAAUUAUGUGUUUCUACAUGGUGACUAUUAUUUCUAUAUUUCUGGUGUUUCAGGGUAAAACUAUAAAUUUUAAUAUGGACUGUUUUGUGUUUAUUGUUUUUAUUUCAGGAGAAAAACAGGUGUUUGUUUCAUGCAUUUGUUAUAUUUCAGGUAGUACAAAAACUUGCCCUGGGGAAUGUACCUGGACGAUAGACUUAGAUAAUGGUUUCUGUAAUUACAUCUACUUAUUUUAUUUUUUUUAAAUCGCCCGUUACAGACAAUUCUCACUCCGUGCACUUUAACCAUGUGACACCUUCUUCAAGUCAAGUUAAAUGUACUUUCUUUUUCUUUUGUAUGUUUCUGGUAUGUAUGUAUGUAAUUUUUUCAUUUUUGUCAGUUUUUUUAAUCACUGGUGUCUUCUGUUUGAUAUUUUAUAUGUUCACUGUAUGUAUUUUUAUAUGGGUAAAUAUAUUCUAUGGUGCUGGUUUCUUAUUGAACAAAUAAAUUAUUAAAAUUAUUACAAUCUAA